GGUAAUAUAGUACAACUCUGCCUCGCCGCUAGUCAGUCUGAACGGUGCUGCAUGGCAAGUCUCAAGGGCAAGGCAUGCAUUAGAGAGAGAUUCCCCAACGAAUGCAAAGGAAAAGUAAAUACAUUGGAAUUAAACAGGGAUUUGUACAUGCUUGAUGAAUAAGAUAUACAGUAUCUGGGCUGGAAACCUUGGAAUUUAAGACUUUUUCUACCCCAGCUUUUUUUAUCUUGAGAGAGAACAACAGGUGUUCUCUAUCUCUCUGCGAAGCACGACCUUGCUGUGGUGACCCAUUUGUGGGUUUAUUUGGUCCCCGUCUCCCGACAACAAGAGGAAUAACCCUAACAAACUGCUGUAUCAGAAAGACAAAUUUCAACACAAAGUGGGAAACAUUCUCUUGGCCCCUAGCCAGGAAUGGUGGAUAACUUCCUAGUGAGCGGCGAGGACACUUUUUUACCGUACGGUGGCUCCCCACCGGCAUACCGCCUGUUGGACAUGGUGACGGACGGGGGGACCUACCAUGUGAUGCCUUCGCCCUUCUCCGAGGAUGACCUGAGCGAGUCGUCCAGCCCUCGCUCCUGCUCCAGCCCCGACUCCCAAGUGCUCAGUUCCAGCUAUGGCAGCAGCUCCAGUGCCGAAAGCUCAGACAGCAUCCUGGACCUUCUGCUGUCCCAGACCUCCCUAGGUGGGGCAGGGACCGGGGCGGCCAUCCCGAUGUCACUGCCCACCUUUCUGUGGGACUCACAGAGGGACGCGCCAUCCCACCCCCACCCAGAGGCCUUGAAGGAGGAGAGCGUGGACUUCCCGGUCUGGUCCUUAGUGGACAUGGAGGAGCCGUCCUUCCAUCCUACCUUAGAGGAGAUAGAGGAGUUCCUGGAGGAGAACAUGGAGGUGGUGUCGUCCAUGAAGCAGGAGGCCCAGGAGGGGGCGCUGGGGCCGGGCCUGGAGGAGAUCUUGGGGCUGGGGGUGGGACUGGAGGUGUACAGGGAGUCCUCAUCCCCAGGGCCAAGGCUGGAGCCAGAGGCCAAGCAUUCAGACCAAACUGUGCCGACCGCAAAUGCUGCCACCGUCACCGAGACCAAAAGCACACCAGCCACAUCGUCACAGGAGUACAACGAAAGCCCGCACAACGACGUGUUCAAGAGUGGUUCAUUAUCCAACAGGCCAGGAUCAACACAGAGCUGUGAAAAUGGUGGCAGCGCUGGAAUGCCGGUCAUCCUGCAGAUCCAGCCCAUUCAGAUCAAACAGGAACCUGGUGCCACGGUUCCUCCUCCUCCGCCUCCUCCCACAGUUGUCCAGCCUCCUCAGUCGGCAACGGACAUAAAAAUUGCCCAGCUGCUGGUCAACAUCCAGGGGCAUACCUUCGCCCUGGUGCCCCAGCUGCUUCCCUCCACCAGCCUCAACAUCUCCUCUAAGUUUGUGCGCAUCGCACCGGUGCCCAUCGCGGCCAAGCCCCUGGGCCUCGGUGAGGUGGCGGUCGGGGGCCAGGGCCAUGGGCUGCUGGUGGGGGGUCAGAAGUUCCAGAAGAACCCGGUGGCGGACCUUAUCAAAAUGCAUAAAUGCACUUUUCCCGGCUGCACCAAGAUGUACACCAAGAGCAGCCACCUGAAGGCCCACCUGAGGAGACACACGGGGGAGAAGCCCUUUGCCUGCACCUGGCCGGGCUGUGGAUGGAGAUUCUCACGGUCGGAUGAGCUGUCGCGGCACCGGCGGUCCCACUCAGGGGUCAAACCCUACCAGUGUCCAGUGUGUGAGAAGAAAUUUGCCCGCAGUGACCAUCUAUCAAAACACAUCAAAGUCCAUCGCUUUCCCCGAAGCCGGACGCUGCGCACAGCAAACUGACCCCAUCCGGAUCACUCUUCAAUGGACAUAGACCAAGGGAGCACGGAAUGUGUGUGUGAGAUGUGAAUAUGUAUGUGUGUCAGAGUGUGGUAGGAGUUAUGGAGAGAGAGAGAGAGAGAGAGAGAGAGAGAGAGAGAGAGAGAUGGAAAUAGUAGGUUUAUGUGUGUGUGCCUUGCCUUUUAGAGAAAUAUUGUGCUAUAAUUUAUUGUAGAAAGCAAAAACAAUGAACAACCAUGUGAAACCAACAAAUGACACUUACCAUCUUCUCAUUAAUCAACAUAUCUUGAGAUUCUUGUUGCUGUUGGUGCUUUUGCAUGUUGUACUCUUUUUUUAUUUGUUUUUAUGUUCAGUCUUCAUCUUCUAUUUCAUUAAUAGGUAAGAUAAGCUUUUUCAUUUGAGGUGAAAUGUAUAAUUGCUUCAGUAACAGCCUUCUAUUUUACCUGGAUAGGACUGCCUUUUAUCACAUUAAGAGCCAAUGUCUUUGACAUUCCUCAUCUGUCAAGUUAAAGUUUUCCUGGAACUUUCUCCAAGUCAGGUUGAAGUUUCCCCAGAAACGUUGUCCUUGUUUUUUUUCAUUGUCACUCAUAGCUCAUUGACAGAGAGGGUAGAGAAUAGUUUACUCAUUCAGAACACUGUUUAUGCAAAGGGAGGAGCAGAGCCUAUUGUCAAUUCUGUACAUGAACUACUGAUAACAAAUAAGAACACGUCACUAUAAGCUACUGGGACUCUCAAGUUUCAGAAAAACUUCACCGGCUCAGAUUCUGAUACAAGGUGGGUGAAAGUAAAAGAAUGGCAGAGAAAAUGCAAAUCGAAAAGCAAAAAAAGAAAGAAUUGUGCACGGUAAUGAUUGUUGAUUGUUUUACGUCUAAACAGGCCUUCCAGGCAGUGUUGUGUAUUUUUCGUGUAAGUGGCUCAAGCCAUUUGUUAGACACUCGUCUGGCCUUAAUCCACCACAGCAUCCUUACCAGGGGAGAAAAUAGUAAUACAACAAGUUAUUCAUCACAGUUUUAUGGAGAAAUGGUGAUAUGGUUUGAGACAAUGAGGAAAGGGAAUUGGAAAUGUAUCACCCUUUACUCGCUCAGCAUACACAUCCAUUUUGCUCUCCGUUUUACUAUUGACACAAAAUCUGCCUCAACUCAACUACCCAACCUGAUCUGUUACUGGAAUACCCACAAGCCUAUGUUGGCGUGAGGUCAUCAUGUAUGUGGAUACUACUACACCACGGUGCUGAACACCCAGAAUAACUGCUUUCUGGGAACUGUAGUCACAACACUUAUUUAGGCCAUGACACAGUCAUUACUUUUGAUGUCCUGUUUUCUCUUGAAACUUGUUUGUUAUGUAUGCCAUGCCCUGUUGUGAAUAUGUAUGGUGAGAGAGAUACCGGCCAUGCAGAGUUCAUGUACUGUUCGCAGAUUAAAACGCAGGGGUACACGAUAUUGUACAUCAUUCCUUUCAUUCAAUUUUUGAAUUUUUAAUGCUUGUUUAAACACAGGUGUUUUAUCGCAUCCUAUGAAUGUAUGUUAAUACGCAGGAGUGUACAUAGCUGCAUCAAUGCGAAAGACACAGAAGACUAUAAUAACAUAUCUUAAGUCUGUGGUUGUGAUGAUUUCUAGUGGAACCCCUAAACGUGUACAUAACAGAGCGUUUCAGUACAUAUGAAUAUAUUAUAUAUUUUUUCUUUGUUCUACCCAAGAUGCAUUUACAAAUAAAAAUGGAAACAAUCCUG